AUGAACUAUAAACGCAUCGCAAACCGGCCAGACCUCGAAAGGAGAGACGAGCACUACACCAAGUUCGACGUAUUCGAGCGCCACCUCAUCAAAAGCGUGGCCGUCAUCGCGGCAUACGACUGUCCCCAACACGACCCAAAAACUCUCUGCUCUUGCCCGACAGCUCUCGCAGCACACUCGCCCGCAACCAAGGAACUUCUCAUCUACAUCCACUUCGUCCAGGCCUGGGAGCAAUGGCUUCUGAACAACGAUGCGGCAUUCAUCUUCACAGAUGAUUACAAUGGCAAAAAGUGGUUCCAGACCUUGAGGAAACAAUCGGCCCAAUUCCUCGUGAUCGCGUUUGCCAAAAUCACCUUUCGGCCUGGAAUGUUGGCUCCAGCGGGUCUCCUCGAAGAUACCAUCGGAGCCAUGUUGGCAUUCUGGGACGACCGAGCAUCGACCUGGAAAUCCAAAUUCGGCAACAAAGAGGCUGCGAGACGAGAUCUAAAAGCCUGCUUACCAGGAGAUGCCGGCAGUUUCCUGUAUGGAAGGGAAUUGGAAGGCAGUGAAAAUAUUCCACGACACAAACUCGGCCAAGGUCUCCUCGUCACCCAGCGCUUCUURCUAGACCCUCAUGAUGAUCAUCAUCGCAACGAGGUGUUUCUCCUUCCCUUGUUGCCCAGAGUCGGAAACUCCUGCGUGUAUUUGAGGCACAAGCUGCUUGGAGUCAGAAGAUGUCAUGAGAACUGUGGUCAGGUCAUGCCAGCUUUGAAGCAGUUGGCGAUUGAAGGGUUCCGCAAUUCCCGCUCCCCGUGCGACCAAGUGAAUUGGGGAUUUGAUGAGAUCCAACGGAGUAUUCUCAAUGUUACCCUGGAUGACCCGGUGGAUGGUGCUUCGUAG